AUGUGUGUGUGUGCAUGCAAUAGAUGGCUUCUUAAUCAGGUGCUUGAAAGAAAUGAGGUUACAGCCGAGGAAAAGGCCAGACUAGAUGUUCUUCAACAAGAGCAGGCCACAGCAUCCAGAACACAAGUUAACCAGAAACGUAAGGCUCGGAUCUCUGUGCUCUUCACAGAGUUCGAAAGACUGAAGGUCAUGAUCCUUUGUGUUCAUCAGAACAAAGACAUUUAUACAGGUGUCCUGCCAACAUUUCAAGUGUUUGUCAAAAAACUGCAACAUGAAAAGCCCAUGGUGCACUUGUUGCAUGUCGAAAUGGUGGCACUUGUGCGAGAGCUGCUUAGCAAAUUUAUGAAGCCAGAGGCUAUCCCUUUAAGUGUUAAGGAGAUCCUCAAGGUUGAUGUCCAGAGUAGAGAUUUACAGCUUUCAAACAAGAGACUUUGUGUUGGAAGGUUCUGCUAUUCUGCCAUGAACAAGGCCCGUGUGGAAAGGAAAAUAUGGGUUGGGAAUCUCUAUAAGUCACUCAGAGAAGGGUACAUCAAAUCAGCUGAGUUCCUACUCAAAAAUCUACCCCUGGACAACAAAACAAUCACCUCACUCUCUGCUCUGACUCCAUGUCUUAUUCAAUGUGACUCUGUUUGUGGAGCUUUUAUGGCAUUAGGAGAGGCUUUGCCUCAUGUUGUUCCAUCGGAAGAGGUCAGUCAACUAGAGGAGGAAGUUUGGGCAUAUCAGAUUGAUUCGGACCUUCUACCUCAAGCCAAGACCUACGUUGAAGAGGACAGCAGAGUCAAUAUUGACUGGUGGAGCCGGGUUGCAUCUUUAAAAAAUGCAGAGAGAGGUGUGAGGUAUCCCACUCUGAUUAAGCUGGUUAAAGCCCUUCUUUCUAUUUUCACAGGCCCCCUGGUAGAGGGAUCAUUCAAUUUAAUGGAUGAUAUCCUCGAAACAGACAGGUGUUCAUUGAAUGUGGAAACUUAUGAGAGCCUUGCAGUUGUUAAGUCCACAAUGAAAGCCAGGGACUGGACAGCCUCAACUAUCACCAUAGACCAGCCUUUGAGGCGGUCCUGCCUGUCAUCAUACCAAAACUACCAAUUACACUUAAAAAAAAGAAUGAUAGAGAACAGGCAAUAA